CUGUUGCGCGCACUGGGCCCUCACUCCUCACCCACGCAUCAUGCCGCCGAAGAAGCCUGCUGGCAGCGUCGUCCAGGCCGAGGUGGCCCUGCAGCAGUCGCUGAAGAACUGCCUCGUGCACCUGCCCGCGUCGCUGGUGUCGGUGCUCGUGAACGCGAACGCAGUCGCGCAGAACGUCGUCGUCGAGCUCUCGUACCGCCAGCCGCCGCCGCCCGGCGCCUCGGACACGCGCAAUGCCGCCCCGCAGAAGUCGCUCUUCGUGGGGUGGACGGGCAUGCAGAGCAAGCGCCGCCUCGCGCCCGUGGUGGACAGGAACGGCCUGCGGAACAGCCCCGCGGCCAGCCAGCAGGACAUCGCCGCCGUCGAGGUCGAUGCGACCUUUGCGCGGCUGAUCGGGCUGAGCGAGGGCCAGAAGGUCGGCAUCCAGCUGCACCUGGACCCCCCGCAGGCGCACACCAUCAACAUCGAGCCCCUGACCCCCGUCGACUGGGAGAUGAUCGAGCUGCACGCCCAGUUCCUCGAGCUCAACUUCCUGUCGCAGAUCCGCGCCCUGCCCAACCCCCAGGCCCAGACCCCGCACCCACUCACCCUCCACCUCUCGCCCACCACCACCGCGAACAUCAUCGUGACCUCGGUUGCCCCUGCCCCGCCCGCCGGCUCGCUGUUCGUCAAGAUCUCCCCCGACGCCGAAGUCAUCGUCGCCCCGAAGACCCGCCAGAAGACAGACCGCAGCUCUGCGAACCGAGAGAGCCGCAGCGUGGGCGCCGCCUCACGGAAGAGUGGGAAGAGUGCUGCAAGCACGGUGCGCCGCCGAGGCCGCGACGAAGCUGCCAGCAAAGGCGCCGUCUUCCUCCGCGGCGUUGACCGGAGCGUGGCCAGGGAGUGGUUCGACGAGGAAUACGACACAGAUGCAGACGGUCUCAGGAUCUGGGUCGACAAAGACGUUCUUCUCACAAAAGCGCUCCGAGGCGCAACAUGGGUCUCGGUGGCCGUCAUCAAGCCUGCAGGACUGCAAGAGCCCGUGGACAUGGCAAAGGAGCAGGACCAGGAGAAAGCCGCUACCCGCGUUAUUGCCCGGAUAGGAGCGUGGGAAGACGCGCCGGAUAGUCGACACGUCGCGUUGUCGUCCGAUCUGUGCAGAGUCCUGGGAUGUGAAGGCUUUACAGGCGGACUGGUGCGCAUUGAAGGCGCUCCUAGCCAGACGCCGAAACCGUCAGCCAUCAAAUCGUCCGCUGGAGCGACCAAAGACUCGAAGGAGGCAAUCGUCAAGUCGAUCAAAGUUUUGCCGUUUUCUACAACUGCAUCGCUGAGCAACGCGAGCUUGAAGUUUGGCGGCGAAUCGAAGCAAGAGCAAGAUGACGCCAUACAAAAGUUGAAGACGAUCUACGGCAGGAAAAACGGCCUUCUGGAUGGACCAAUCUCGGACGGCAUGGUUCUGCCGCCAGUAACAGACUCAGAAUCAAGCUGGCAGGGAGGCAUCGUCAAAUUCGAGCCGGCUCAACCAUCAGGCGGAAUACCAUGGGUUCUCUUUCCCGAACGGAAACCGGCUAUUGAGUUGGGGCCGGAGAUCGCAACACCAUCGAGCUGGGCGAGAGGCUGGCAACAAGGCGACCCGCUGCCGAAGAACACCCCGGAGCUGGUUGGCAUCGACUCACUUGUCAGCCAGCUGCGCUCACAUCUGACGCACCAUUCGUCUGUCCUGCUCAGUGGCGGGCUAGGAGCUGGCAAGACUGAAUGCGCGCAGCUGCUUGCACACCAACUACGGACAGAGUAUUUGUUCAACACCAUCUACUUUCCGUGUCGUAAGCUAGUCACAGACGAAACUAGGGUAGCGACGAUCAAAGAAACACUAAACAGACUUUUUGCGACCGCAGCGUGGUGUGCACGGUCAGGCGGCAACGCUGUGGUCAUACUGGAUGACCUCGACAAGCUGUGCCCUGUUGAGACUGAGCUCCAAGUUGGUAACGAGAACGGCCGCAGCCGUCAUGUCAGCGAGAGUAUCGUUUCCAUCGUCAGGCAGUACUGCUCCAUUGACUCGGGAGUGGUCUUGCUUGCCACAGCCCAAGGCAAGGAGGCACUCAACAACGUCAUCGUAGGCGGUCACAUCGUCCGCGAGAUGGUCAGCUUGAAGGCUCCAAGCAAGGACGGACGGCGGAAGGUGCUCGAGAAGCUAGCGUUCAAAGAUGCAAAGCCCCAGACUGCACAGACGAACGGCCACGCCUUCCCUCCCUCACCAGCAAACAGCCGCCCAAGUACAUCUCACCGCAGUCAAGCGAGCGACGAUGGCAUCCAACACGAUACGUCAGACGACUACGGCUUUGUUGUAGAUACGAGUAUUGACUUCCUUGACCUUGCUGGGCAGACGGACGGUUACAUGCCUGGAGAUCUCGUGCUCCUGACCUCUCGAGCCCGUAAUGAGUCCCUCAUUCGCUCUGUCACCGACUCCUCGAACACUAUCACCCUGACAAGAGACGACUAUGCAUCGGCUAUCAAAGGCUUCACACCAGCUUCGCUCCGAAACGUCACAUUGCAGUCCUCAACCACCAAGUGGGACUCUAUCGGCGGAUUGACAGCAACACGCCAGAUCCUCCUCGAGACACUCCAAUACCCAACAACAUACGCUCCCAUCUUCGCCCAAUGCCCGCUACGCCUGCGCUCCGGCCUGCUCCUCUACGGCUUCCCUGGCUGCGGCAAGACGCUCCUCGCCUCCGCUGUCGCCGGUGAAUGCGGCCUGAACUUCAUCUCCGUCAAAGGCCCCGAAAUCCUUAACAAGUACAUCGGCGCGUCCGAGAAAUCCGUCCGUGACCUGUUCGAGCGCGCUGAAGCAGCCCGCCCCUGCGUCCUCUUCUUCGAUGAAUUCGACUCGAUCGCGCCCAAGCGCGGCCACGACUCCACCGGCGUCACCGACCGCGUCGUCAACCAGCUGCUCACGCAAAUGGACGGCGCCGAGGGCCUCAGCGGCGUGUACGUCCUCGCCGCCACCUCACGCCCCGAUCUCAUCGACCCGGCUCUCCUGCGCCCCGGCCGCCUCGACAAGUCGCUGCUCUGCGACAUGCCCGACGCCUCCGAGCGCAUCGACAUCCUCAAGGCCGUCACCCGCAAACUGCACCUGAACCCCAGCAUCCUGACCACGGACGCGUCGGGCCAAAAUCUGCGCGCCAUCGCAGACCGCACCGACGGCUACUCCGGCGCGGACCUGCAGGCCGUCGUCUACAACGCCCAGCUCGCCGCCAUCCACGACGUGCUCGACGACGCGGACCCGGGCACCGCGCCCGCCGCCACCACCACAACCCCCGCCCGCCUCCCCGAGUUCUCGUACUUCCGUUACGCGGACCCGCCCGCCGCAGCCACCGCAGACCCCUCGCCGCUGCAGACCAGCACCGCCAUCGCCGAGCGCGCCCGCGUCGCCCAGGACAUCGCGGCCCUGCAGCUGCUCCGCCGCAAGCAGAAACUGCUCUCGCGCCCACCGGGCGGCGCCGCCGACGCAUCCACCGCCGACGGCGACGACGGCCCCGCUGCCCCGGACACGGACAGGAAGGAGCCGCAGAUCCAGUGGCGCCACAUUGCGAGCGCGCUGGACAGCGGGCGCAGCAGUAUCAGUGCGCAGGAGCGCGGGCGCCUAGGGCGGAUUUAUCGCGAGUUUGUCGAGGGUCGGGAGGGGAAUUUGCCGAGUGGGCAGGGGGGGAGUGAGAUUGGGGGGCGGACGAGUUUGAUGUAG